AUUGCGCUCCUUCAUCCCGGCCGAGCUCUGAUUGGCGCUCUCUGUGCCCGGCAGGCGGGUCGUGAAGAUCCAGUUGACUUUCUCUGCUGUGUUAAUUGCUUUUCCAAAGGCUGAAGAACUGCAAAUACCGGGCAUUGCACUGCAUCGCCUGCACUGCACCGGGCAAGAAGAAUCAGGGACUGCGCUGCAUUCACUAUACUGCAACUCUGACACACUGGUUAUUGCAUUGCAUGUCAUUCCAGUGCACUCGGUGCUGUCCUGUGUAACCUGCACUGCACGAAAGUUAAUGUAAGUCGCCGGGCAUUUUGCAGGACAGUAAGGGACAGUGCACUCAUCCAGUCUGUGCUUCACUGGAAUACCUACUACUACUACUACUACUACUACACUGCACUGGUACUGUAUUACAUGUAUUCUGCACUUCAUUGCACUACAAUUACAUUAGCAGAUAGUGAUCUACAGUACUACCUGGGACUGAACUGCAAGUGCUCAGCAUCUCGCUUCAUUACUGCUGGUGCAGUACCACAUUACUGUAUAUGCAGGCAGCACAUCCAUCCUAAAGACUGCAGAACUGUAAAAACAUGCUGCUUCUCACACUGCUCAGCCUCCUACUUCACACAGCUGAAUGCUCUGACCCAGAAGUUGAAGUUGUGAUCCCGCAGUUAAUAUGGUCUGGGCAGAUUCCUUCGCCACUGAGAGGAGAUGAGUCAGUGUUCGCUAACAUCCGAAGGGCACGUUCUAUUCCAAAGGACAGAGAGACCCACCCGGACAAUAUGUAUAUCCACCUGCCUGCCUUUGGCAGGAACCUGAAUUUGCGCCUGCAGAGAACCAAUGACUUUCUGGCUGCAGGCUUCGUGGUGGAAGAGAGAACGGCAGCUGGAGACAAUGUCCAAACCCGAAUCCCAGUGGAUGAGCUUUGUUUCUAUACUGGAGAAGUUCUCAACCACAGCAAGUCUUUUGCAUCGAUCAGCACGUGUGCAGGACUGACUGGAUAUAUCCAAAUAGGAGAGGAGCAGCUGAUGAUUCACCCGACCAACACUACGGCAGACCCAGGCGUACCCUUCUCUAGAAGAGAACAUCUAAUAAGGCACAAACGCCAAGCGUUGGCUCCCUCUUCAUCUUUCACCCCUAACACUCCACAUAGCAACUGCCAAGUUUUAUCAGGAAAAAAAAAGAAGGUGAGCAAGAGUGAAGAAGGCAGUGAUUGGCGUAAACGGAGGAAUGCCAUCCGACUCACAGAGGAGCACACGGUUGAGACCCUUGUUGUGGCCGAUGCGGACAUGGUGCAAUACCACGGUGCCGAAGCUGCACAGAGAUUUAUUCUUACCGUCAUGAAUAUGGUUUACAACAUGUUUCAACACCAAAGCCUUGGAAUCAAAGUGAACAUCCGUGUUACUAAGUUGGUUCUGCUGCACAGUCGCCCGGCCAAGCUGUCUAUUGGACAUCACGGGGAGAGGUCUCUGGAGAGUUUCUGCCACUGGCAGAAUGAGGAGCAUGGAGGCACUAAGUAUUUGGGGAACAAUUAUGUGCCGGGAGCCAGGGAUGAAAUGCCGGUUGAUGUCGCUGUAUUUAUGACCAGAACUGAUUUUUGCGUUCACAAAGAUGAACCCUGUGAUACUGUAGGAAUCGCCUAUCUUGGGGGAGCGUGCAGUGCUAAACGCAAGUGUGUUCUGGCAGAGGAUAACGGUCUCAAUUUGGCCUUUACUGUUGCUCAUGAGCUUGGUCACAACAUGGGAAUGAGUCAUGAUGACGACCACCCCACCUGUGCUGGACGGUCACACAUAAUGUCGGGCGAGUGGAUUAAGGGCCGCAGUCCAAGUGAUCUCUCUUGGUCGACCUGUAGUCGUGAUGAGCUGGAGAACUUCCUUAAAUCCAAAGUGAGUUCAUGUCUGCUGGUGACCGACCCCCGCAGUCAUCAUGCCGUCAGGCUUCCCCACAAACUGCCCGGGAUGCAUUAUAGUGCCAGUGAGCAGUGCCAGAUCCUGUUCGGCAGCAAUGCCACCUUCUGCAAAAACAUGGAGCAUCUGAUGUGUGCGGGUCUGUGGUGCCUGGUGGAGGGAGAUGCCUCUUGUAAAACCAAGUUGGACCCACCGCUAGAUGGCACGGAAUGUGGAGCAGAUAAGUGGUGCAGAGCUGGGGAGUGUGUGAGCAAGACCCCAAUCCCUCAGCAUGUGGAUGGAGACUGGAGUGCAUGGAGCCCCUGGAGCAUGUGUAGCCGUACGUGUGGAACCGGAGCACGCUUCAGGCAGAGAAAGUGUGACAACCCACCUCCCGGUCCUGGAGGUCGCAGCUGUAGAGGAGCGAGUGUAGAGCACAUGGUGUGUGAGAACUUGCCGUGCCCAAAAGGAGUUUCAAGCUUCAGAGACCAUCAGUGUCAAUCCCAUGAGCGUAACACCAAAAAGAAGAGGAGUCUCCUCACAGCUGUGAUCUUUGAUGAUAAACCAUGCGAGCUGUACUGCACCCCCGUUGGCCGAGAUACCCCAGUGCUGGUGUCAGAUAGAGUCCUGGAUGGAACCCCAUGUGGUCCUUAUGAGGCGGAUCUCUGCGUUCAUGGCAGGUGCCAGAAAAUUGGUUGUGAUGGAAUUAUUGGUUCUUCUGCCAAAGAAGACCGUUGCGGGGUGUGUAGUGGUGACGGAAAAACCUGCAAAGUCGUGAAAGGAGACUUUAAUCACACCAAGGGAAUGGUCAACAGUAGUAAUUGUAAGAAGGUUUCCACAUGUGUCAUGACCAAGCCAAAGACAGUGCCCAAGUGUUUCACAUGCUAUAUUGAAGCAGUGGUCAUCCCUGCAGGAGCAAGGAGAAUCCGUGUAGUGGAGGAUAAGCCAGCACACAGCUUUUUGGCUCUGAAAGAUUCCAUAAAGAAAUCCAUUAACAGCGACUGGAAAAUUGAGCUUCCUGGAGAGUUUCAAAUCGCGGGGACCACCAUCCGCUACGUGCGCCGGGGAUUGUGGGAGAAGAUAUCUGCCAAAGGACCCACAAAAACGCCAUUGCAUCUGAUGGUUCUGCUGUUCCAUGAUCAGAACUUUGGCAUUCAUUAUGAAUAUACCAUCCCGGUGAACCAAUCAGCAGAACAGAGGACUGAGCUGGAGAGACAGACAGACCCACUGUACAUGUGGACACACAGCAGCUGGGAGGGGUGCAGUGUGCAGUGCGGAGGAGGUGAAAGGAAGACUCUUGUGUCCUGUACAAAAAUAGUGAAUAAAACUAUGUUAAUUGUGAAUGAGAGCAUGUGCCUUCAUGUGCCCCGUCCUGCCGCACAGGUCCGGAAGUGCAACACACAUAUAUGUCAGUCCAGGUGGGUGACGGGUUCAUGGGGUCAGUGCUCGGCCACCUGUGAGAAAGGCUUCCAGCAGAGAGAGGUGACCUGUGUGUACCAGCUGCAGAAUGGUACUGAUGUCACCACCCAGAAUAUUUACUGCACGGGCGCUAAGCCAGCAACAGCGCAGACCUGUGACGGUCAAGACUGUCUGUCUAUCUGGGAGGCUUCGGAAUGGUCAAGGUGCUCUUCAGAUUGUGGCCGAGGCACCAAGAAGAGGCGGAUAUCCUGCACUAAUACCAGGGGCAAAUGUGACUCAGCCACAAGGCCGAGAGAGGAGGAGGAGUGUGAGGAUUACACUGGCUGCUAUGAGUGGAAGACAGGAGAUUGGUCCAAGUGCUCGUCCACCUGUGGUAAAGGCCUGCAGUCCCGCGUGGUACAAUGUAUGCACAAGGUGACCGGGCGUCAUGGAAUCGAAUGCUCUCUCCUGUCCAAGCCAGUAGCCUACAGGCAAUGUCACCAAGACGUUUGUAAUGAGAAAGUGAAUGCCAAUACCAUCACGUCACCCAGGCUCGCUGCCCUGACCUAUAAGUGCACAGGCGACCAGUGGACGGUGUACUGCAGGGUUAUCCGGGAAAAGAAUCUGUGUCAGGACAUGCGGUGGUACCAGCGCUGCUGCCAGACCUGCAGGGACUUCUACGCCAACAAGCUGCCACCGCAGAGCUAGUGACGCCACGGCACUGACUGGAGCACUGCCCUUUGUCCGCAGUGCUGCAACUAUCAUACAAGACUUGAACACAAUGGUGCUGACUCGUGUUGCCAUGAGAGUCCAUACUGCCAGCUCCUAAACCAAUGAACAAGUAUCACAUAUCCUGUAUACCGCUGUGCUUGCCCUCCUGCUUGAUUGGUUUUCUCAUGGCUGUCACACAAAAUGACUUAAUCUGGAUUGAGCAAGGUCAUAUUCUCAGGCAAAUCAAGCAGACUGGAGGAUACUGAUAGAAUUUGAUAGUUUGCCCAAAAGCUAAAACACAGGUGCAAAAAGACAUUAUUUCCUAUGGUGCUAGUUGCGCACUUAGAUAAUCUGCUGUGCCGAGCAGUCGUGCGCUGUAGAGUGGUGCCAGAUGUGAUGCACCACAUCCUAAGUUGUCACAGGUGCUUAGUGAGUAUUGCACGAUUGCCUGUGAUCAGAGGCUCUUGUCAGUAUAAACUUCUAUAAUGCUUUUUGCUGUCUAAUUAAGUUCACAUCAUAGAGGUAAGACAACUGUAAAUCUCACGCUAUUUCUUCCCUAUUGGAAAACUGCAAUCUAGCUACAAUGUGAAAGUGGGAGGUACAGUGUGUUCCCUUUCAAAAUUUCAACUGCCAUCCAGUUUUGGUGUGUUACAUGCUCCUUUCUAAUGCUCCAGAGGGAAGGGAUGUCUUCUAGAAUUCAACGUUGGUAUAGAAAUUAUAUGCCGACAUCCAAUUUUUAUAGUUUGUGGUUUUCACAAGGUUUAAUUGUAACCAUUUCUUUAAUACUGGUGCAUGUGCGUAGCCAUAACGGAGCAGCAGGAGAACCGGGAAUAUCCUCCAGAUAUAAUAUAAAAUGCAUUUAAUAGUAUACGGAUUUUGCUCUCAAAAGUAAGGCAACAAAAUGCAUCCUUUGUCGUACCACCAACCCCCAAUGUAACGGAGUUACAUUGCGCUCUAAAAAUUCCACAUUUUGGGGAUUCAUCAGUAUAGCGGUGUGCUCAAAUUAUCUGUAACUCAUAUCACACACACUGUUGAUUUCACUUUGUAAACUGCACUAGAGUAUGAUUAGUUGCUAUGGGGUGCAACACACGUCUGCAUAUUCCAAUAUUAGAGUCCAAAAGCCCAGUUAUAGCUCUUUAUAGUGAUGUUCCCCACAGCUACUCCCCAUCCACCUUCUGUAUACUUUGUUUUUUUAAUGACAGGUGGAAAUUCUUCCACAGCUGCCACACUUUGCCCCUUUGUGACUUCUCACUGGCAUUUUUAAAUGUUUUACUAGAAUAGUGGAUAUUGAUACUUUGUAGUAUUCGAUUCCAUGUGUCUCUUGUAUAUUUUGGGUUUCUUUUUAUAGUGUGACCUUUCUUGCUAUUCCGUCCUUAUAUUCUAUGAUUACGGGAAUAACUUGUUUUAGCAAAAUACACAUACCUAAUGUGUCCCAAUUGUCUACCCAUAGUUUAGGCAGUCAAGUUGUGAGCUCAACCAAUUAUUCAUAAAAACUGCAGUCUAUGAAGUCUUCUGGAACAAGUGACAUCAUGUGACAUGACAGGCUGAAUAUUGGUUCAUUCCAUACAACAGCUCAUUCCACUGUGUGCAGGACCAGUCCUCCUUAAUAGGAGCCUAAAAGUAGGGGAUGCAGAUCUAUUGCGGGAUCAGGUGCGAUAAUGCAGCAGUCAGUCCGUUACAGAUUGUCACACAGUGAAUGGAUGGACUGCUUUCAGUUUUGUUUUAUUUUAUAUCUUCCUUUUACCGAAAAUAUGUUUACCCCAGCAGCUAUGACUAUGAGAAACAACCCCAUCAUAUUAAUACCACUAUUACAGUGUAGACCACAGAUGGAAUUUGUAGAUAUUAUAUACUGCAAGAGUCUAUAUAUAUAUUUAUAUAUAUAAAAAGAUGGGUUAGGGGAAGUUCUUUAAAUGUGAAAAAGAAGAAUGUGGAGGUUAACUGCUAAGAAUGGAGGCAAAUAACGAUAUAAUCUAUAAAACCUCCAGUUUAGAACCAAAGGUGUGGUAAACUAUAAACUUUUGGCAUCCUCCACUUUUAUAGAAGUCCUUCCCAAUAUCAUGAAUAAAGUCUAUAAUUAUUAUGAUCAUAUAUAAGUCUUACAUAGUACAAAAAACUCUCAGAUCCUUUAACUUUCAUUUGUAGUGCCUUAAAUUAGUUUAUUUGAUGAUUGUUAAUUUAAGAAGUCAAGUCUAAAAUGUUACUGCUAAAGGUCAGAUUAACCAAUUAAUUACAUGCCACACAUCACAGGCCAGAUAUCUUGGCACAGACGGAAAUGGCGAGUCUUUGCAUGAAACGCAUCUGCAGAAGUGAAUUUUUGUAUUUAUGUAUAGUUCCGUCCUAUUCUAAGUUGACCGGAACUUGGCGGAUCUGUCUUUCUGGGAAUCAGGGCUUUUCGUGACGGGAACUGGGUUGUGACAAUGCGAUUACAUCUAAGCACCCCAACUUGUGGGAAUAACAUGGGUGUGCAUCAGAAGCUGUGUGUGAUUGUGAGUGAUGCGCACAGGGAAGGGAAUCCUGCUUGCACCUAGUAUGAAGCAGAUAAUCACUGUUGGGGUGGCCAUUCAAUCAGUGUGCGGCGCUGGUUUCCGCUUGCAGAUGCACUAACCCCUGCAUUAAUUAAAUGGAAUCUCGCAUUAGGAUUCCGCGGCUUCCCUGCAAGUACAGCCACUAUGUGACUCCGAAUUAGCCACCAUAUUCCUACAGUCUGAUAAGGAAUUGCAGCGAACAAAAUUCACUUCUUCAGCUAUGAUUCUCAUUACAUUGUUAUUUGCUGACAUCUAGUGGAUAUUUAUGGAUAUUACAGACUGACAAGCAAUAUCUCUUUAAUGCUUUUAAGAGCUUGGUAUAUAGGGUGUCUAAAUCAUUUUAAAGUGAGAUAAACAUUAACGUCCCUUACAAAAACUAUAAGUAAGUACAGGUUGAGUAUCCCAUAUCCAAAUAUUCCGAAAUACGGAAUAUUCCGAAAUACAGACUUUUUUGAGUGAGAGUGAGAUAGUGAAACCUUUGUUUUUUGAUGGCUCAAUGUACACAAACUUUGUUUAAUACACAAAGUUAUUAAUAAUAUUGUAUUAAAUGACCUUCAGGCUGUGUGUAUAAGGUGUAUAUGAAACAUAAAUGAAUUGUGUGAAUGUAGACACACUUUGUUUAAUGCACAAAGUUAUAAAAUAUUUUGGCUAAAAUGACCUACAGGCUGUGUGUGUAAGGUGUAUAUGAAACAUAAAUGCAUUCUGUGCUUAGACGUAGGUCCCAUCCCAUGAUAUCUCAUUAUGGUAUGCAUUUAUUCCAAAGUACGGAAAAAUCCCAUAUCCAAAAUACCUCUGGUCCCAAGCAUUUUGGAUAAGGGAUACUCAACCUGUAAUAACCUGCUUUAUAAUGGCAUAAAUCAGAGCCAUAACAUCCACAUGUAAGAGUAGAUACCUUGUGUGUAUUAUUUUAAAUGGUUGUUUUUCCCAAGUUCCGUUUAAAGCAAAAAUAUGAGUAAAAACGCUCUUAUUCCCAAACUAGUUUCAGUAGACACAUGUACCCUUAACCAAGACUAACAGCUGUUAGUGGUGCUGUGCCAGACUGCCUGUGUCUUACUGGGUGCUGACAGGCAGGGGGCAUUGUGGAGCUGGGGAUUAUAGAAUGUCUCCUCCUCAUGGCUGUAAGGCAGAUUUGUGGCUGAUACAAGGGGUGGAUAGGCCAUAUGCGCUGCAUCUUGUACAACAGCAUAUAAACGGUACAGUGAUACCAACACAAAUCAUAAGGGCCUCCUUUAUAUUGAAGUGAAUAAACUUUUUCUUAUGUAGCAGUUACUUUACAUUGGAUCUAUUACAUACUAUGUACAAACCUGACCAAAACAGUAAUCUCCUUACUCUCGGUUUGUAUGUAUGUCUGUAGCAUGGGAUAACUGAGCUUCUUUGUAGCAUUUCACAAUGGUGCUAGUGGUAUGUAUUGUGUUAGAGAUAUUCCAUUGUUACUAUGGUACUGUACAUUUUACAAGUGUUUGUGGUGCUAUUUUUGUAUUGAUGAAACAAAGUGAUGUCAUUGUUGCUUUGAUAUAUUAUAUAACACAGGGCUAUAACCUUUAUGUCACGUGUCAUUGGAAUAUUACUGUAACUGUCUGAAGUAAGUUGAUGCCUUUAAAUACAGUAGUAGAGUGGUAAUAAGUGACUUACUGGGGACACGCAUGAAAACUGGUGCACAUGGAGUAUUAUGUAACCCAUGGCAACCAUAUUGUCAUUUUUAAAAAAUGAAGUGUAGCUAAUUAAAGCAACUUUGCAAUUGGCUGCAAUGGCUCAUCUCAUAUCUACUUUUACUGUCUUGAUGGCUCGCAUGAGGGUAUAAUGCCACAGAUUUCUCCAUCGUGGCCCAGCCCACUGCCUAAUGCCAUGAGCCAUAGUAGCAAGAUGUGGCAGGGUUUCCAACUCCUCUAAAUGCCUCCUCAAAAUGUCAGCAGAGUAGGGAACUAUUAUAUGGGUUAUAUCACCUUCCAGUUUCAUGUUCGUGUCCCCCGCUGACAUAGCAGCUUAGUUAUGUGUUAUCACUGUAUACUGGUAAAGGGGCACAUCAUGAAACAGUUAUACUUGCAGUAUAUUUUGUGCUGUGGAAAUCUACAUAAUUAACCAGUGGUCCAAAUGCAAUAGUCUGCGAGCUGCAGCGAGAUUGUGACGAUGUAGCCACUAGAUUUAAAGCGACAACUUUUGUUAAGACAAAACCAACUUGGUUAUUCCCUAAAACAAACUUGUGUUUUCAAUAUAGCGUCUAUAUUGCUGAAAUGUCGCCACUGGCCGCAACUCGCAGACUAAUGCAUUUUGGCCAAUGACUAGACCACUCCAUGCAAAGCAACAGUGAUAUUUGCAGCUUAUUAGCAUGUAGGAGGCAGCUAUAACCAAAAUGUAAAUGUAAUGAAAACAUGUCUAUUUCUUUCACUGAAACAAAUGUUCAGCUCUGUGUAAUUUUCACAACCUAUUAAACAAUUAUAAAUUGU